AUGUUGAGUUUGCAGAAAAAUAUUUGGUACAGUCUCCUACUCCUUCAAUGUACCCUGAACACAGUUGCAACGAAGGAUGACCUUCGCCAUGUCAACCCCCUGAUCGGGUCAACCAAUGGCGGCAAUGUAUUCGCAGGUGCAAGUCUCCCCUAUGGCAUGGCAAAACCCGUCGCCGACGUCGAUGGUCAGAAUACUGGAGGAUUCUCGACUGAUGGGAGCAAUGUCACCGGCUUCUCGCAUAUGCAUGACAGUGGUACAGGCGGGAACCCGUCUAUGGGAAAUUUUCCUCUGUUCCCACAGUACUGCAAAGACAAUAUCGUGGAUAAUUGCAAGUUCCCUAAGUCUGCUCGCGCGGUUCACUACAAGAAUGGCUCUGUGGUUGCGCAUCCUGGCUACUUCGCCUUGACACUUGAGAAUGGCAUUAAGGCCGAGAUGACUGCGGCACGGCGCACGGCGUUGUACCGUUUUACUUUCCCCAAAGGACGGACGGCGGACGGUGAUGACCUGAAUCCUUUCAUAUCGGUGGAUCUAACUGAUCUGUGGGAUAGUCGACAGAAUGCAUCCAUCAGCCUCGACGCCGAUAAAGCGCGAAUCAAAGGCAAUGGUACUUUCUUGCCGAGCUUUGGGGCUGGCUCAUACAAGUCAUAUUUCUGUGUUGAUUUCGGUGACACAGUGGAUGUCAGCGACAGCGGAAUAUGGGUCAAUGACCGAGCUGGAUCAGUGCAGGAGUUGUUUGUCACUCGCGGCUUCAACAACUUCUAUCUCCAAGCUGGAGGCUAUAUGACCUUUGAUCGUCCAAACAAUGGAAUUGUAACAGUGAGGGUGGGUGUCAGCUUUAUCAGCUCGGAUCAAGCCUGCACAAAUGCCGAAGGGGAAGUGCCUAAGCUGGAAAGUUCCUUUGAUAAUCUGCGCAAAAGUACCGAAGCUGCAUGGAAGGAGAAACUCAGUCCUAUCAAGAUUACUCCAGGCGGUGCUAGCAAUAAUAUGAUCAGCAGUUUCUGGAGUGGUAUCUACCGGACCAUGUUAUCACCUCAAGAUCUGACAGGGGAAAAUCCACUCUGGAAAAGCGAUGAGCCAUACUUUGACUCUUUCUACUGCCUAUGGGAUGCUUUCCGGUCACAGCAUCCGUUUCUCACAAUCAUUGACCCAAAGGCACAGUCAAAAAUGGUGCGUAGCUUGCUGGACACCUUCAAGCACGAAGGGUGGCUGCCCGAUUGUCGCAUGAGCCUCUGCAAAGGCUGGACGCAGGGAGGGUCGAAUGCCGAUAUUGUUCUGGCAGAUGCUUACGUGAAGAAUCUGACUGGUAUUGACUGGGAGCUUGCCUACAAAGCUAUGUUAAACGAUGCGGAGAACGAGCCACUCGAAUGGUCAUAUGAAGGGCGAGGGGGUCUGCAGAGCUGGAAACACCUCCAUUACAUCCCGUACCUUGACUUCGACUAUAUUGGCUUUGGUACCAAUUCUCGGAGUAUCUCGCGAACAGUGGAAUACGCAUACAAUGACUACGCUCUCUCUGUGGUAGCCAAAGGUCUCGGCAAAAAGGAUUAUACCACUUAUUUGUCUCGCUCUGGCAACUGGCAGAACUUGUACAAAGACGAUCAGAAAUCGCUGCUGGGGAAUGGAACAGAUACUGGUUUUACUGGGUUCUUUCAGCCAAGGUACAUCAAUGGAACUUGGGGCUAUCAGGAUCCCAUUGCAUGCAGUGCUCUGGCGUCGUGGUGCUCCCUCACCUCGAACCCUUCAGAGACAUUCGAGUCUAGCAUCUGGGAGUACCCAUUUUUCGUCCCUCACGACAUGGCAAAGUUGAUCAAGAUGGUAGGCGGCCCGAAGUCCUUCGUAUCUCGGUUGGACUAUUUCCAUACAUCUGGUUUGGCAGACAUGGGCAAUGAACCUGUCUUCUUGACUGUGUACGACUAUCACUAUGCCGGACGCCCUGGUCUGUCUGCCAGUCGAGCCCACGCUUACAUCCCAUCUUCUUUCAACGACACGCACAACGGGCUACCUGGCAACGACGACUCGGGAGCAAUGGGUUCAUUCCUGGCAUGGAGCUUGAUGGGUCUAUUCCCUAAUCCAGGUCAAAAUGUGUACCUGAUUAUUCCUCCGUUCUUUGAGGCCGUCGCAAUCACUCACCCUGAAACCAACCAAACUGCUACCAUUCGAAAUGUCAACUUUGACAGAACCUACAAGAAAAUUUAUAUCCAGAGUGCCAAACUUAACGGGAAGCCAUACACGAAGAGCUGGAUUGGACAUGAGUUCUUUACUCAAGGAAUGACACUGGAGUUGACACUCGGGGACAAGGAGAGCAAAUGGGGUACACGUAAGGGUGACUUACCUCCGAGUUUGAGCGACUCGGUCGCUACGUUUGCAGAUCACGAUGAUGUUUAG